ACGGCCAGAGAAGAGGGUGGGUCCUAGCCUUGAAGUAGGAGGCCGAGCGGAGGGGCGGGGAAAGAGGCCUUUUGGGGCAGGUCGUAAGUGACGGCGCAGGUGGCGCGACAGCAGCUGGAGGGCGGAGGAGGCGGCGGGGCCGGUCCUGUCCUCGCCAUGAGGCCGCAGCAGGCGCCGGUGUUCGGGAAAGUAUUCAUUCAGCGAGACUACAGCAGUGGCACACGCUGCCAGUUCCAGACCAAGUUCCCCGCGGAGCUGGAGAACCGGAUUGAUAGGCAGCAGUUUGAAGAAACAGUUCGAACUCUAAAUAACCUUUAUGCAGAAGCGGAGAAGCUUGGGGGCCAGUCAUAUCUUGAAGGCUGUUUGGCUUGUUUAACGGCAUACACUAUCUUCCUGUGCAUGGAGACUCAUUACGAGAAGGUUCUGAAGAAAAUCUCCAAAUACAUUCAGGAGCAGAAUGAGAAGAUAUAUGCUCCCCAAGGCCUCCUCCUGACAGAUCCCAUUGAGAGAGGACUUCGAGUUAUUGAAAUUACCAUUUAUGAAGACAGAGGGAUGAGCAGUGGAAGAUAAACCAUAAAAUUAAAGAUCCUAGCUCCAGCUGGGACUGUCAUCUAUCCACUGGCCAAUCGCAGAGCGUCCCCUACCUCUCCAGAGCGUCAUUCCUUUGUAUCUGCUGCCAGAGCCACGGUGCCAUUUUCUCCAAGGACUAACUUUCUAAAAUUCCACACCUGGGGUGACCUCUAGUCACUCAGCAUCCACUUUGUGUCUCCAAAUUGUGUAGGACUCUAUAACCUUUGUGUUAGUUUCUGAGAAAACACAAUGAAGCAUUUCACUUUUUUUAUUCAAAGCCAUUAAUGAAAUAUGUAGUUGGCCAGCCCAACACAGUUUAUCUGCCACCAGUACCAAUGGCUCUCUUCAUUCCCUGGGCCAGCUUACCAGGUGGCUGUAGAUGUCAAAGUCAUAUCUUAGCCAGUGUUCAGUCUUAUUUCCCCAAAUUAAUAAAGUGCUUUUCUUCAGGAUUUUAGUAUAGAGUAGGCUGUGUCUGUGGUUUUGUUAAUGCAUCUCCCAGAUUUCAAAGAACUAUCAGUUUUGCCAUGACUCAAAUCUUAAAGAUCUGCUGUUAAGUUUCUCAAACUGAUGUUCAUUGGAAAAAUGUUAUUUGUUUUAUUAUAGAAAUUAUUUCUAAUAAAGCAGUAUUUAAUACAAUUUCCAGUUAUUUUUGUUUGGAGAAGUUUGCUAUUAUUGCAUUACCUUGAAUGUUAGGACGAUGUGGUAUGUGUUGCUUGUUCCUUAAUAAAAAAAAGUAAGCACAAUAAAGUGGAUGCUAAACCAUCAAAUACACAAAUGCCCCUGCUGUGUCCCUGACAGUGUAAUGAGCAGUGUAAUAAAUAUUUUAGUUAUAGUUUUGUUAUAAAUAUAACUUAUGAGAAAAAAUUUGAUAGGAAUAAUACUGUAUAUUGCUAAUUUUUAACUAUACCUACUAGCAAACCUUAUAAUUCAUAGACUUUGUGUGUGUGUGUGUGUGUGUGUGCGCGCGCGCGCGCAUGGUAUUCAUUGCACAGAAAUUUCAUGAUUGGUUCAAGAACAGUAAGUUAAGUGAUUUCCAACUAAAAUUCUCAACUCUUGUCAAAUGCCUCGUUCUUUUGGCUGUAUGUUUUUAGUAUCGGGCUUCUUAUGCUUUUCAUUCCUCUUUGAGGUCUGAGAGCACCAUAUUUGGGAGAGUUACAUAUAUUAGGAGAGAAUGAAACAGUAAGAAGUUUUACUUUCAGAGAUACUGUAGGUGCUAAUAUUGGAUUUAAUCUUUCAGAUUUAAUUUCUUUUAUGGGUCUGUUAGUUAUUCAAUAAAUCCCAUAGGUCUGUGUAAUAUUUUAAUUGUAUAAAACAUCUUUGUUAUUUUAUAGGCUAUAAUAAUGUGUUUGUCUGCCUUUUAAACCCGUUGCAAUAAUUUUGCUGAAAUAUUAACACAUUAGUAAAACUUUUCUUAAACA